AUGCCGAAAGCCCUGAUCUUGGUCGCCGAUGGAUCCGAGGAGAUUGAAUUCGUGACUCCCUAUGAUGUACUUACCCGCGCGGGCUUCGAAGUCAAAUCCGCUGGUGUAGAUCUCAAGAACGAAAGCUAUGCACACAUGUCACGCAACAUACGCAUCGUACCCGACUACCUAAACCUGCAAUCCGUACCUUUCGAUACAGCGCAUGAAGACUACGACAUUCUGAUCCUGCCCGGCGGUGCACCAGGCGCAAAGACGUUUUGCUCUAGCCCCGAAGUUCUCUCACUGAUAUCCAAGUUCCGGAGAGAAGGGAAAUGGGUGGCUGCUAUCUGCGCUGCUACAACGGCGCUCGUUGCUGCGGAAAGUACUGAGGAGCAGGGCAAGAAGAAAGUCACGAGUCAUCCUAGUGUGAAGGAAGAAGUUGAGCAGGCGGGGUGGGAGUAUAGUGAGGAGAGAAUUGUGGUUGAUGGCAAGGUUAUCACGAGUCGCGGACCGGGGACUGCGAUGCUCUUUGCACUCACGAUUGUGGAAGAGCUUUGUGGGAAGGAGAAGAGGGCCGAGGUAGAGGGCCCGAUGGUUUGUGCCGAGACUUUGUAG